AUGGCCGCUGCCCUGCCCAACGUUUCCUCUGACCUCAUCUGGGAGGUCGUCCGCGGCCAGAAUGCGUUCCUGGUCAAGCGCGCCGACGCUGGUGGUCUCCAGCUCUCCCGCGACCCCCUUAACUUGAUCAACAAGCACUCUCGCAAGUACGCUGGUUUCGUCAACAACAAGGCGAUCGGUGUCGUCCCCAACGAGAAGGGCGGUGUCAAGGUCAUUAGCAAGAACCAGAAGAACGCCAACAAGCCCGCUCAGUCCACCACUGAGGUCACCUUCGGUGGCAACAAGUCCACUCGCAAGACCUACAAGGCCGUUGCCCUCCAGGCCGCCAACGGUGGCUACCGUGCCGACCUCCGCGAGGCCGCUGUCCAGCGCGUCUCUGCCCUCCGUCGCGCCCAGAAGCCCGUCAAGCCUGAGGCUGAGAAGAAGCCCCGUGGUGUCAAGGCCAAGAAGGCCGCUGCCGAGAAGGAGGCAUAA